GUUGAAGAAAAAGCUAAGCAAGCGCCACCGUUCGCUUCUGCCGCAUUAGCAGUGACUAUGCCGCCUCCCGAUAAUGUUUUUCAGGUGCCAGCCGAGGACCCAGUGGCCGCGCCUGAAUACCAUACGCCACUAGAAGAUAACGGUCAUACACCUAGAUUCCCAUCGGGAAAAGCGUCAAAACACAGCUCGAAGAACAACAGCAAAAAGACUGCAAGCACCGAAGACACGAAUGGCGAGGAGGGUUUCAUCAUCGAUAUUCCUGGUGACGAUCCAGAGGCAGCUCUUCAGGAGGGUUUCGGCGUGUUGCUAGAGGACGCAAUUGCGGGAUCCAUGGGCAACAGCACAGACCGCAACUCAGCAGUAGGGGCUGCGCGACUUGAGCAGUUUCGUCGGAGCAUAUGGCGCAACCUGCCUUUUCAUCUGCCGCAGCAUAAGGAUUACCUCAGAUUCAGGUUCAACCGUAUGAGUAGAUGUUUGUACUAAGUAGUCGUACUGAAUGUGUAGACACGAACUUUAGCUUUAUGUCCACACGAUUACAUUCAUGUCCAUUAUGAAAAUCGAUUGAUAGGUAUGCCGACAGUGACUUCUCG